UUUCACUGAACUUUUGGAGUACAAUUUCGGUUGGCAGUAUAUAAAGUCGUAGUUGUGGGUUACUUUGGUAUUACUUCCAAAAUGUCGUCCAUGAAAGAAUCCAUUAUGCAGCAAGUGGCUCCACGUAGUGUAAGAGCGAUUUCGAGGGGCAAGUUAUCUAUAAUCGGUGUUGGGGCAGUUGGAAUGGCGAUCGCGUAUUCUGCGGUUAAUAUUGCUGGCGAAAUGGCACUUAUUGAUAUGCAGAAAAACAAAGUCAAAGGUGAAAUUUUGGACUUACAGCAUGGCCAACAAUUUUCCAAAAAGUGUAAAAUUGUUGGUGGAACAGAUUAUAAGUAUUCCUCUGACUCAGAUAUGGUGGUAAUUACAGCCGGUGCAAGACAGAGCGAAGGUGAGUCACGACUUAAUUUGGUUCAGCGCAACGUGGAAAUUUUCAAAUCUAUAAUUCCUAAUGUUGUCAAAUACAGUCCGAAUAGCGUAAUUGUGGUUGUUUCAAAUCCAGUUGAUAUCUUAACUUACGUUGCACAAAAGUUAAGUGGAUUUCCUACUUACAGAGUAAUGGGAACUGGAACAAUGCUGGAUUCUGCAAGAUUCAGAUUCCUCUUAGGACAAAAAUUAGGAGUUUCCGUUGAUUCAAUUAAUGGCUACGUAAUCGGUGAACAUGGUGACUCCAGUGUUCCGGUUUGGAGCAAUGUCAACGUUGGUGGAGUUCGUUUAGCAUGUGUGAAUCCGGACAUUGGAAGUCAAAAGGAUCCUGAAAAGUUUGAAGAAGUACAUAAGCAAGUUGUUCGGAGCGCCUAUGACAUAAUACGCCUAAAAGGUUAUACUUCUUGGGCCAUAGGACUCACUUGCCAGUCACUUUGUAAUUCAAUACUUUAUAAUAUUCAGGCAAUUUACCCACUCUCGACGUACGUAAAAGGAAUCCAUGGAAUAGAAGAAGAUGUUUAUCUGAGUCUUCCAUGUCUAGUAAAUUCGGCUGGUAUAAGUCACGUAAUCCCACAACGACUCAGUUCUGACGAGAUCUCCAAGCUUAAAAACAGUGCCACUACUUUGAAUAAUAUUAUAGAAGGAAUCAAGUGGUAAGCUAACCACAAUGAUGGACAGAAAAAGUGCUGGAAAUCAAAUAAUAUCAUCGAUUUGGCUUUCAAGUGCCAAAUGUAUCUUUGUUUCUUUUCUCAUCGACUGGAUUAAAUGGAUAUCCAAAAGUUUUUUGUCUUUUUUAUUUUAGCUGAUUGGGUGGG